CUUGCCAAGCUCUGACGUACCUCUCAGGCUCAGGCGUCUUCAGUCAUCCAAUUCCCAUAUCCACUGAGGUCGUCUGUGCCAACAAUAAUAUCUUCCUGGCCCAGACUAGAAAGUGAAAUCGUAAUUCCAAAAUGCAUUUCUUUGCGGUAAAAACGCUAGUACUACCCCCGAGGUGCAUGUGAUGCUCGGUUCUGAGGCUCAGCUUGCAGUUCGAAGGACUUCGUCGCAAACGAACAAGCUCUUUACGUCAGGCGUCUUAUUUGUCGGAGGAUCUUGAAUGCUUGCGGUAUCAACGGACCCUUACCCUGCUCUGACGUUUUAGCGGUAGUCCCAACACACAAAUGCCCAGCAAUCGCGUAGUUAUCAUAACGGGGUGCUCUACUGGGGGAAUAGGCUUUGCAUUAUGUGAACAAUUUGCUCAGCAGGGAUGCAAGGUCUACGCUACGUCGCGAAAUGCGGAGACUGUGCAAGGCUUCAAGGAUCCCAGCAUCGAAGUCCUCGCCUUGGAUGUGACGAGUGAUGAUGACGUUCAGCGAGUUAUUCAGCACGUAGCUGGUGUGGAGGGUAGGAUUGACAUAGUGGUCAACAAUGCAGCAAUACCAGCUAUCGGUCCUUUGAUUGACCAGUCCAUGGACAUAAUCAAACGCACCUACGAUACCAACACAUUUUCGGUGAUACGCAUAUGCAAGACCGUCAUUCCCAUCAUGGCAAAACGACACAGCGGAGUUAUCGUAAAUAUAGGUUCCAUCGUUGGAGAGAUCCCGACACCCUGGCACGGAGCAUAUUCAUCUUCCAAAGCAGCAGUCCAGAACAUUAGCGAGGUGCUCUCAAUGGAGUGUCGUCCGCUUGGAAUCAAUGUUAUGCACGUGGCUCCCGGUUCUGUUACAUCCAACUUCUCCAGAAAUCAGGAGAAAUGGUUUAGCCUGCCAGAGAACAGUUUGUAUACCGCAUUCCUUCCCAACAUUAUGGAGAGAAUGCAUGCCAGCCAAACAAAAUCGUCCAUGUCUAACGAGGAAUUUUCCAAGCGUAUUGUGGACAAAGCAUUGGCAAAGCCUCCUCCUCCCUACAUCUCUGUUGGAGGAAAUGCUUUUCUCUUCUGGGUGUUCAAAUGGCUACCAAGGGCAUGGGUGCUUGAUCUAUUAUGGAAGUUGUAUUCAAAGAAGGCAUAGCUGCUAAUGAACUGUUGAUGAACUUGCUUCCAAUAGUUAUUUAUCUAUAUAGUAGGCAAUUCAUCGGGCCCAGGAACAUUGAACCAGACACCUUGGACCACACGAAAUAGCCUCUGAGUCAGAUCUUCGUCAAGCUGAGGGCUGAAACGC